AUGAGAUGCUCCGCCGCCUUUCUUUUCUCCAGCACGCCUCCAGCGUUUGCUGACACUGCUUCUGGUCUGCCCCAACACUCGUCGCAGCCUCCUCCAGGCACAUGCCACCUAGACUAUGAAUCUCAGACAGGCCUUAAGGACCGAGCAAUGCGUCGAGCGGUGUGUUGUCCCGGCAACGUCAGCACUAGGGGGUGCAGUCGGGCCCCUCGCCCUGUCACGGCUCGCCAACUCUGCCGCGCGAUUCUCGGUAUGAAUCAUGCUGAUGUCCGCGCCGCAGCAAUCGGCAAGCACUGCGACUGCCACGCCACGCAAGAGCCGCACACCCAUGCGUUCUCAUCAGCGUCAACCUGCAUUUCCUCUGCGGCGUGCGGAGGAGGUGACGAAGUAGGCAGCGACAGACACGGUCUGUGCGACGCCGUCAGCUCCGCCCGCCUUGGCGAGGGCACUAUCCAACUGGAUUCAGUCGCAUGCCACCGCGUUGUAGUGUGUGGUCGCAUUGUGCGCUGUGUUGACGCCUUCUCCAACGGGAGCGUCGCCGCCGCCACAGGGGCAGUCACAUCCUCCGUGGCACCGACUGUGAUGCCAUAUGAUCUCUUGUGGCUCUCAGACGCCACCGGUGUGGUGUGUGUGUUGCGGUUCCGUCCCGCUCUUGUGCACGCCCGCACAUUAGUUUCUGCUCCUAGUUCUUUGUACGGCGGAUGGCCGGGCGUGUCAGCAUGCGAUUGGCGCAACCACACACUCGCCGCCUCUGCAGGUGGGUUAUCGGACGUCUUUGCCGCUGAUGGCACUGACGGAGCCGCACAUCCUUCCCUGCCUCCCCGGGCAGGCGCGCGGCUGGCGAAUGGCAGCGUAUCCCCCCCUACGCCCGAGGCGCAACAGUGCGCUACUGAAGUGCGCAGUGCCAAGGUGGCACACAGAGCCAUCAGUUAUGGCAUGGAUGUGACGGCGGCUAUCGCAAACUUUGGCCUCGAGCAUGAGGAUGACUGUGUUCUCGAUGUGAACGACUACGUGGUCUGCGUAGGGUCUCUCGCUUUCGCUGACGUUGAUGUUCAGAUGAAGCAUGCUCUGCAACCGUAUGCUAGUGACCUACGUCAGUCUACCUGGGCUGCAGCCACGUCGUCAUGGCCACUUUUCUCUGUCUGCCCAGGUGUCGCAACAUCUUCCAUCGGCGCUGGUGAUGACGUGGAUGCCAUGGGCUGUGUUGAGUGUGGAACUGAUGGAAACAAUGGCACCACCUGUGGGAAGGGGGCUGCGGCUAGCGCGCAGGGUUGUUCAGUGGCAGUGCCGCCGUCGCGCCUUCAGUAUGUGUUACUCCCCGGCAGCGAGGUGCCGCUGACGCUAGACGCGGCGAGGGCGGAGCUGGGCUUGGUUGGUUCGUUGCCAUCGAGCACUCGCUAUCUAACCGCUGCUGAAGCGGCGCAGUGGGGCGGUACGCCGCGUGAUUGUCCUUCUUACGACUCAACCCUAUCGCUUCCAACGGCACCCGCAUUGCACGACCGCAACGGCGGAAUAAAUUCAGCAGUAUCUGCCGACUGCGGCACCUCGACAUCACCUGGUUGCGCUGUGGCUGACAUGAAUGGAGUGCCACUGAUGGGCAUCAAGGGAUAUUCCCGUCUUGUGCUUGACACGAAUGAAUGCCUCUUUUGGUGGCUUGCGGCGGUCGAGACCCACCUGCGCUUGCGCGCACACGCGUCUGCCCACCCCAUCCAUGCUUGA